AUGUCGUUUUCUGUAUCCCAGGUCCCAGGAUUAACCAGCGAUCCAUUUCAUGAUGCAAGCACAAUCAAUUCAAACGUUUUGAGUGCCAAUAAGAGCAAUCCAGCUACCGUCAAUUACAAUAUCCAAAGGUCUGAAAUACAAAGAAGAAGAGCAGCGAGAAAUAGUAUGUUGAAUCGUCCUAUGGGCAAUAGUUACAUUGGCUCAUUCCCAUUUUUUGGCGGCUCAAAUGCAAACAAUCAGUCUUUAAUCAACAAGAAGGACUCUGUCGUUACAGACCUGAGUCAUUUACCGUUAUCUACCUCCUCUCCAAUCGAUUUAGCUCAACAGUGUGUUAAUGCUCAGAUUGAAAAGGACAAUUCCACUCCGACUUUGUACGAGGUUUUUUCAGCUUAUGUUGUGGACAACUACAAUUUCAAUCCUAACCAAACAAAAAAUCCGUUUAGCAGAUUCGAGAAGGUUAGUUUUUUCAGUAUACCGGAGAAGUUAUUAGACAAGAACAGUGAUUCUCUGGUGACUAAUAUGGGUGUAUUUCCAGAAAUACAAAGGGCUUGGUUAAGUCUUGAUAGUAAAUUGUACAUAUGGAACUACAACGCCUCGUUAACAGACCAAGAAUUUGAUACAAUUGACGAUUUUGAAGGAACAAUUUUAAAGUGUGCAUUAGUCAGACCUAAAAAGGACGUUUUUGUGGAAUCUGUAAACUACCUUAUAAUUGUUGCAACUUCCAAAGAAAUGAAAAUCUUAGCAUUAGAGUAUAGCCCAGAUAGCAAAAAACUUGAGGUUUCAGAUACAAAAAUGUCAGUUUCUGUACACGGAUUGAUUGUUAAUCAAAUUGUUUGUUUGGAAUAUACCAAUGACAUAUUUUUUUCUGGUGCAGGCUCGAGCGAUUGUGUUUGGAAGUUAAAUUAUUCUAACACUCAUGACUGGUUUUCUAAAAACAUAUCCAAAGAACAAGUGACCAAUUCUUCAUUCUCUUCAUCUUUAUCUGGUAUCCCUAUAUUAAAUUGGCUUAAUGAUUCCACUAGCUCAAAAACGGAGUUCGUGGUAGACCUCAAAAUCGAUCAAUCAAGGAAAAUUCUCUACACUCUAUCUUCUAAUUCGAUAAUAAAGGCAUAUAAAUUGCAAUUUAAAAAUGGUAAAGUUGUUCUAGGGCAACCACUAAUUAAAAGAAUCUCUCAUCUGUUGAAGGAAUUAUCAACCACUUCAAUUAACAUUCGAUCUAGUUUGCUCAGAUCCAAUCUAAAACUUAUUAAUAUAUUCCCUGUUACUGACAAGGAAAACACAAGUUUGUUUUUAACUGCUGUUGCAUCAAACGGUGUUAGGUUCUAUCUAAAUGGAAGCACAUUAUAUGGCGAUAGGCUAACCCUAACGACUAAUUUUGUCAAGUUCCCUCCAAUUGAUCUAAAGCUUUACGAAACAAUUGAAAAGAGAAAAGAAAAGAUGAUUAGUCAAAACCAAAAUAUUGAUGAAGCUCAAAUAAUGCCAGCCCCACAAAUGCAUAACAAUAGGUCUUCAUUCUAUAGCCGCUCUUCACAAAAAUCUGGCGUCAACGCAGAUCCAUAUUUUCCUUCAACAUACCAGAAUAAUUUGAACAUCAACAACAGAGACAACGAUAAAUCCAUUACUAAAUCAUUUGCAGCUCCAUUGAUUUCUAUCGAAGAGUUAAAAGAUGCACAGGAAAAAUCACUAUUAUUACACAACACUUCACAUACAUUAAUUAUUUCACCAGGUAUAUUUAUUGGGUUCUCCAAGGACUUGGGAUUAUAUACGAGCACACCGGAUUACGGAGUUUUAAAGAAAUCUUCUCAGUAUGUUGAGGAUUUUGAGAUAUUCGAGAAGUAUUCCGAAGUUUUUGAUAUUGUCCAGCUAACAUCCUCAUUUAAAACCACUAAUAGUCCCAAAGGAUAUGCUAAUGAGUUUGCCUCGCAGUAUACUGAUGAACCAUUAGAAUUUGCUGUAUUGACCAAUAAUGGUAUUGUUGUCUAUAGGUAUAGAACCCCAGAUUUGAUUCUGGAAGAUUCUAUGAACGAUUCAGUUUUUAAACAAUUUGCUUCCAAGUAUGGCUACGAUGAAGCUUGUUCUACAAUGCUAUUUUUAGCCUGCAAAUACGACAAAUCAGAAACUUUCAGAAACAUCGCUACUAAGUACUUUAUCACUGGUGGUCAAAACUCAAAACUAGACAAGGCUCUCUCUCCUGUUAUUGAUAAUGUAGAACCAAGUGACAGGUUUUUCGCAGUGCUGAUCUUGUUUUCCAGAUUAAUCAGAGGUAUUUGGAAUAAAGAGGUGUUCAAAUUGAGACCCGAAGUCAAAUUCGAUAAGUUUGGUUAUGUCGAUACAAAGUCUUUGAACUCCAUUAAGACGGAUAAACACAUACUACUAGAGAGUUUGAAUAUCAAGAAGCAGGAACUUGAAUAUCUUUUGUGCUCGAUUUUAAUUAUAAUCAAGUUUUUUGAAGAGAAUAGAAAUAUUAUUCCUGGAUUAUCUAAGGAUAUAAACAGUCAAGGUGAAAACACCUCCUGGAAGGGCAAAGCCACUGAAGUGUGUGUUCAAGCUGAGCAAAUUUGUUUUGAUUCCAUUUCUAAAUUCCUCAAUAUAGUUAAAGAAGGCCUAUCUUUCCUAACGAUAUUACUAGAAGAAACCGAAAGUGAAAGCCUAACGUCACAUGAAAAUUUCAAGAGUAUCAUUUCAUUCCUACCCAUCCAAGCUCAAGUGGAUUUAAGUUGUAUAACUUUCAGUGAUUUUUUUGCGAAAUCUGAUAUCAACGUCUCGAGAUUGAUAAAGGAUUUACUGUCUUGCAUUAUAAACAAGAGCAUCUCACAAGGUAAUUCUGUUGAGUUAGUCUCCAACACUUUGCAGGAAAAAUGUGGGUAUUUUUGUUCAACAGGCGAUGUUCUUAUUUUUAAGGCGGUUGAAAGUUUAAAAAAGGCUAAGGAUUAUUCCGAUGCCAAAGAUGAUCAACUGAAACUGAAGUAUUUAGAAAAUGCGGUCACACUGUUGAAGCAGACAAGUGAUUCUUUAUCUGAUGAGAUGAUUGCUAACUGUGUUAAUACAAUUCUCGAACUAGGCUACUACCCUAAUGCAGUGAAGUUUUUGUUGGACAUAGCAAAUACUCCAGAACUAGUCAAACUUUCCACGCAAUAUCAAAAAGAUGUGCAAUUAUCGAUGGUGACCGACCCCCUGAAGAAAAACAGCUAUCAACGAAAGCUGAAACUCUUCCACAUUAUCUUCCAAAUAUUGGUAGAUAUUGACAAAAAAGCAUUAUCAAGUGUGGAGCAAGCAGCAGAGAGUACAUUGAUUGGGAGUAGUACUAACAACACUGGGAAGUUCAAAGACUUUCAGUCUGUUUUUGUUGAUCGUGAGGGUAAUCUAACAACUUAUUACUCAAAAUUGAGAGAUGAAUGCUACAAAAUAUGCUUGGAAGUUCAAGAUAAAAUGUUUCACUUUGAGUUUUAUAAGUGGUUUGUUAUAAAUGGUGUCGGUGAGAAACUUCUCUAUAUUGACACUCCCUACAUUUUAGAAUUCCUUCAAUCACAAGCAACCAACGAUCUUGAAAUGAGUAAGCUACUAUGGGUAUACUAUUCUAAGAAGGGCAAUUACUAUGAAGCUGCUUCACAUCUCUAUUAUUUGUCACUGUCAACCUUUGAUAUAACGCUAGAAGAUAGGAUCCACUUUUUAUCAGUUGCCAACAGUUUUAUUCAAGUUAUAGAAACUCAGUAUUUACACCAAGAUGUAAUGGUUUUGGCCUCACAAAUAUCAGACUUGAUUUCCGUUUCGAAUUUACAGGAUGAGUUAUUGUCAACUAUUAUGAAUGACUCAAGAAUUUCUGAUUUGGCAAAGAGUGUUGCAAAAGAGGAACUAAAUGGUGAAAUUCUAACCGUCAAUGAUUUGUACAAUAAAUAUAUUGAUCCAUUGGGAUACUACGAAUUGUCUUUGUUAUGUUUCAAAAUAUCAGACCACAGGAACCUUGAAGAUAUUCUAGGAAAAUGGGAAUCUUUAUUUGAUAAAUGGUAUGUGGAAUAUAGUCAGAAGCCGGACUGUUCGAACACUCCUUUCUAUGCUGAAGUAGUGAACAAAUUUUCUGCUAUUGCAGAUAGAUUAAGUGACGUUGAAAGCCUAUUUCCAAUUGAUCAAUUAAUCAACAUAAUGUUGAAAUCUAUCCAGAAACAUUCUGAUUCCAGUAUAGCCAUUCCGACAGGCGUUAUUGUGGAUGCAUUCAUAAAAAGUGGCGUUGCACUUAAUAGGCUAUAUUACAGUAUGAGAAAGCUUAUCGAAGGAUCUACUUACGAGUUGUUCGAAGGAUAUAAUAAGUUGCUAAAUUCAGAAAUGGUCUAUUUGAUCAAAACUUGGUUCAAAUCAGAUAAGAAGUUAAGGGAACUAAUCUCAAGUGAUGAAAUUGUCAACAUGACAGAGUAUGACCACGAGACUGAUCCUAUUUACAAAUUCACCAAGACUACAGGGAGUGCACUAUAG